CGGGCCGCAUUGAGGCCACGCCCCCGCUCCCCCACAGGGCCUGGUUUGGUUGUGUUGUCGCCGGGAAAGGAGACGCUGCCCUUCCGCAGCGAUGGGAUCCUGGCUCUGUGGAAGGACCUUCUGUUAUGUGUGCCCCGGCUCUGCUGACGUGUGGGUGGUGCCCAGGACCCGGCCAGAGACCAGUUGAAGACCUUCUCGGAAGCUCUUACCCCAAGAGUUCCCGCCUCGGGUGCUUGGUCUGCCAUGGCGUUCCGUCGUACUGAGGGUAUGUCCAUGAUCCAGGCUCUAGCCAUGACUGUGGCUGAGAUACCCGUGUUCCUGUACACGACAUUUGGUCAGUCUGCAUUCUCCCAGCUGCGGUUGACACCAGGCCUGAGGAAGGUUCUUUUUGCCACAGCCCUUGGGACUGUGGCCUUGGCCCUGGCUGCCCACCAGCUGAAGAGGCGCCGGCGGAAGAAGAAGCAGGUGGGCCCUGAGCUGGGAGGUGAGCAGCUGGGUACAGUACCCCUACCCAUCCUCAUGGCCCGCAAGGUCCCUUCAGUGAAGAAAGGCUACUCCAGCCGGAGGGUUCAGAGCCCCAGCAGCAAGAGCAAUGACACUCUCAGCGGCAUCUCCUCCAUCGAGCCCAGCAAACACUCAGGCUCCUCCCACAGCCUGGCCUCGAUGGUAGUGGUCAAUUCAUCCAGCCCCACAGCCGCGUGCUCAGGUUCAUGGGAAACCAGGGGGAUGGAGGAGUCUGUGCCCACCACCGAUGGCAGUGCUGAGAGCCUCUAUGUACAAGGUAUGGAGCUCUUUGAGGAGGCCCUGCAGAAAUGGGAGCAGGCCCUGAGUGUGGGGCAGAGAGGGGAUGGAGGCAGCACCCCCACACCAGGGGACAGCUUCCAGAAUCCAGAUACCUCGUCAGAGGCACUGUCAGAGCCAGAGUCGCAACGGAGGGAGUUUGCUGAGAAGCUGGAGUCCCUGUUGCACCGGGCCUAUCACCUGCAGGAAGAAUUUGGUUCCACCUUCCCCUCUGACAGCAUGCUGCUGGAUCUCGAGAGGACCCUCAUGCUGCCCCUGACUGAGGGCUCACUGCAUCUACGGGCCGAUGACGAGGACAGCCUGACCUCGGAAGACUCCUUUUUCUCAGCCACUGAGCUCUUUGAGUCCCUGCAGGUCGGAGAUUACCCGCUCCCUCUCUCCAGGCCUGCUGCUGCCUACGAGGAAGCUCUGCAGCUGGUGAAGGAGGGCAAAGUGCCCUGCCGGACACUCAGGACAGAGCUGCUGGGCUGCUACAGUGACCAGGACUUCUUGGCCAAGUUGCAUUGUGUACGACAGGCCUUUGAGGGGCUUCUGGAAGAAAGGGACAACCAGGUCUUCUUUGGGGAGGUCGGCCGGCAGAUGGUGACAGGCCUGAUGACCAGAGCUGAGAAGAGUCCCAAAGGCUUCCUGGAGAGCUAUGAGGAGAUGCUGAGCUACGCCCUGCGGCCUGAGACCUGGGCCACCACCCGACUGGAGCUGGAGGGCCGAGGGGUGGCAUGCAUGAGCUUCUUUGACAUUGUGCUGGACUUCAUCCUCAUGGAUGCUUUCGAGGACUUGGAGAACCCCCCAUCUUCGGUGCUCGCUGUCCUGCGGAACCGCUGGCUGUCCGACAGCUUCAAGGAAACGGCCUUGGCCACUGCGUGCUGGUCUGUCCUGAAAGCCAAGAGGAGGCUCCUGAUGGUGCCUGAUGGCUUCAUCUCCCAUUUCUACUCCGUAUCGGAGCAUGUCAGUCCUGUGCUGGCAUUUGGCUUCCUCGGACCCAAGCCCCAGCUCGCGGAAGUCUGUGCUUUCUUCAAGCACCAGAUUGUGCAGUACCUGAGGGAUAUGUUCGACCUGGACAACGUGCGCUACACAUCGGUGCCAGCCCUAGCAGACGACAUCCUGCAGUUAUCCCGACGCCGCAGCGAGAUCCUGUUGGGCUACCUGGGGGCGCCAGUGGCUAGUAGCACUGGGCUGAACGGGCCGGUACCUCAAGAGAAUGGGCCCCUGGAAGAGUUGCAGUAAUGGGGACACAGCCUGAGGGGAGAGGUGGCUGCUUGAGCCUCAUUCACAAGGGUGAUGGGAGAGAAAAGGCUGCCCUUCCCUUCCUUCGGGUUGGCAUCCAAGGGUUAGGGUGGCCAAGGGCCAUUGUCCCUGAGCCUGCUAUACCUGCUCAUCUGGGAAUCCCAACACCUGGAGGACAAAUUUCCAUGGAGAGGAACCACUAGGAGCCUAUCCAGAUGCCCUUGGGGUUGCCUGGGCAGCAGGGGCAGGCCAGGGACAGCAAGGUGUGACAAGGGGAAGACUUGAGAAGAAGGUGUAGAGAUAUGGACCACAGAGCCCCAGUACCCUCCGGGCUGCAGACAGAGGGCAAGGAGGUGUCGGUGAGGGAUAAGACAUGAGGGCUAUGUGGUGACAGUCACAGGGUCCUGGAGUAGGAGCCAGCACCAAGGCUUCUGGUCGGGAUGGAAAGCCCCGUCUGGGCCAUCCAGAGGUGAGCUCGCCCCACCCAUGCUCCCUUCAGAAACCCAGGCACCAACCCAGGACCCUGUCCUCCCACAUUCCCAUGCCCUGCCAAAGACUCAGUUUUUAUCCCACCUCUGCCACCAUCAAAGAUGGAGGAGGUGGGACUGGGCACAUCCCACCUCCCUGUGAGCCUGGAACUCCCUGGGCAGUGCUAGGCUCCAGCUGAGGGCUCUAAGCAGAGCUCACAAAGGCUUACCAUCUGCUGCUCUAGAAGUGAGGGCCUGGGAACCAUGGCAGGGAGGGCAGGGUCAGCCCCCCCAACAAGAAGCGGACUCAGCAUUUUGCCUUUAACUCCAUGCACACGGACUUUGGGGCUGCCCAGCAGCAUAGCGCCCACCUCAGGGCUGCUGCCACCCAGGGCCCUGCAGACAGCUCUGCAAGCAUUGUCAUGGCAGCUGCAGGGGUCCUGGGAGCCCUCUCCUUUAUCCCGAGCUGGGAAAUUUUUAUUUAUUGCCUUAACACUUUAUUUGGAUGCUCUGCUCCUUUCAGGCUGUGAGACCUACAGGGGACGAGACUCCUGGUCUGGUCUGGGGUUGAGCAUGGGCUCCUGGGACCCAGUCCCUCCCAGGGUCGGGAGGACACAGUGAGGAGAGGGUGGGAGGGUGACCGAGGCCCUGUGCUCAGGAGCAGCCCUCCCUCUGCGCUCAGUCUGACAUUCCGUUCAUUUGCACUUACUGAGCUGUGAGUGAGCCCUGGCCCAGGCCCACCCUUAUUUGCCCCUGAACCUCACAGCGGUGGCAUUUUCAUCUGUCCUUGUUCACGUGUCCCGCACUGCCCUCCAGCACUCGAUCUGUCAACUUCUAAACCCCAUGAAGAGCGUGUGCAAUGACUGUGCGUCAGAUAAAUGACAGAAACGGCCUCUCCUGCGUCUUGCUGGGUGUAGGGCCGGGCUGGGGUGGAGCAGUGACUGGAGAGCUGCCCUUUGGUGCGGUAAUUGUGAUGUGGGCUGUGAACACUCUUGCAGCCAUGUGACAGCAUGACAGGGUCUCUGGGUCCCCAAGAUGGCAAGGUACAGAUGUGAGGUAGGUGGCCUGCACUUCUGCAUUGCACCCAGCCAGGGGUUGAGAAGUUGGCCCAGGUGACCACAGCCCAUCAGAUCUUCACGUGUCUUCAUGGGCAUCUGUCUGAGGGUGACUGUAGCUGUGAGGAAGCACCAUGACCAAAAGUAGUGAGGGCGGGAACCUGGAGGCAGGAGCUGAUGCAGGGACCAUUGGUGAAUACUCUAGAUGCUCCUUAUAGGCUUGCUCAGCCUGCCUUUGUAUGGAACCAAGAACUACCAGCCCGGGGAUGGCCCCACCAACAAUGGGCUGGGCCCUUCAAGCCCAUCAAUCACUAAGAAAAUGCCCUAACGGCUCACCUACAGCUCCAUCUUAUGGAGGCGUUUUCUCAGCUGAGCUCCCUCCUCUCUGAUGACUGCAGCUUGUGUCAAGUUGACAAAACCCGCCAAUAGGUGAUGAACGCUCAUGCUUUUAAUCCUAGCACUCAGGCAGAUGCAGGAGGAUCUCUAUGGGUUUGAGGCCAGCCUGGUCUACACAGUAAGUUCAGGCCAGCCAGGGCUACACAGUGAGACCCUGUAAGGGCUAGGGACUGGGCGUGGACUAGAUGGCUCAAGCAGGUCAAGUGCUAGCAGUGGGCGUUCAGUCCCCAGCACCCGGAAAAGGCAGGCACCGUGGCAGCAUAAUUGUAACGGGGGUAGAGACGGGAGGAUCCUUAGGGCCUUGAAGACCAGCCAGUUUAGCUGAAUCACAAAUUUGGGUUCAGUGAGCAAUCCUGCAUUAAAACAAGUCAAGAUUGAUGAUAAAGGAAGACAUUCGGAGCCGGGCAGUGGUGGCGCACGCCUUUAAUCCCAGCACUCGAGGCAGAGGCAGGUGUAUCUCUGUGAGUUCAAGACCAGCCUGGUCUACGAGAGGUAGUUCCAGGACAGGCUCC